AGGUGCCACCCUCUUUGGUCAGGUGGGCCUUGCCAUCGGUCGAUCCAUCGAUCGAUCCAUCGAUCUAUCGGCAGUGGUGGGAAGUAGGUAGUGGGUUGGCUGGGUCACACAGCCUCCGGUCGCAGUUUUGCCUCCCUGUUGUCCCGCUGCGGUCCCACCAUGCCGCAGUACCAGACCUGGGAGGAGUUCAGUCGCGCGGCCGAGAAACUCUACCUCGCCGACCCGAUGAAGGCACGUGUGGUUCUCAAAUAUAGGCAUUCUGAUGGGAGUUUGUGUAUGAAAGUAACAGAUGAUUUAGUCUGUUUGGUGUACAGAACAGACCAAGCUCAAGAUGUAAAGAAGAUUGAGAAAUUCCACAGUCAACUGAUGCGACUCAUGGUAGCCAAGGAAUCCCGCAGUGUUGCCAUGGAAACGGACUGAAUGGUUUGAGAUGAAGCCUGUUUACCAUGUUUGUAGGAAGUAAAUAUCCUGAAUUGAGAAAGUGUCGUGGCAGAAAAUACUUUAUGUAAUAACUUAAUGAGCUAUUCAGAAGCUUAAAGUUUGUUUUUUUUUACUUUGUUUUUUAAUGUUUACUUCAGAAAGCCAAGAAUAUAAAUGCUUCCAGUUAGAAAGCCUUUAUUUUUGGAAAUUGAACAAGAAAGUUGGCUCUCUUAGAAACUUUCUGCAGAUUCUUUGAUACGGGGCAAAAAUAUUAUUUCUGUAGUAAGUUUGUAUCAGUACUUUGAAAAUGAGAUAUCAGGAAAAGCCUAUUCUUCAGUUUCUUCAUCUGUAACCAUUUUUGUUGGAUUGAUAGGUUCCUUUUGGGCCAUAAAAUGUGUGUGGUCGAUGACCAGCAAAUACAAAGUGCAGUGACCAGAAUGAACCUGGCCCGGCGGGACCUGUUGUGUCCGGUAGCGUGGUCCCAGCUGUGUCUGAAAGUAAUCAUGGAAACACGUGCUUUAUCUUGGACUUUCCACAUUUCAACUGUAUUUUGAAUAUAAGGACUUCAUAGUAGCAUUAGCUUGUUGAGCAGACUUUGAAUCUAGUUUUCAAUGCUCAAAACAUGUGAACACAACGAUCACUGAUGGGCCGACAUCGCCGUGUUCCUGAACGCUGGUCACACGUGUGCCCCCCAGCAGCCUGUCAGGGGGGCCGUAGCCUGUGCAUACUGUCAACCCUCGCAUCCCGCCCAGUCCCCGUCCACUCCCCCCCCCCCCCCCCCAGGUGCUGAGCACAACCUCACCGCUGUUCUGUUUCCUGUUAAGCCGGAAGUGUAUUGCUGGAUACUUAUCUUGUAUCUGUAACCUGAAUUCCACCACCCAAGUGUCAUGUUCACACAUUGGUUCCUGCAUUAAAAUACCUUUGUCAGGAAGUUGUCGUGAAGAGCAGCAUUUUCAUAUGGGAAGUUCCACUGGCCAUGUGAAUUCUGACAUUUCAGAGAGGUCCAGAAAUAAAAUAUUAGGUGAAUAUA